AUGGCGGCGCGUGGCGGCGAGGCGGCGUUCGGGGCCGCGGAUGCCGACCGCGGCGACUUCGAGGUCUUCCGCAGCGGCUCCGCGCCGCCCACCGUCGAGGGUGCCCUGGGCGCCGCUGCCGCCGCCGCCGGCGGCGGCCUGCUGGUAGACGAUGAACUGCGCUCCGACCCGGCGUAUCAGAGCUAUUACUACUCCAAUGCGCACCUCAACCCGCGCCUCCCGCCGCCGCUCCUCUCCAAGGAGGACUGGCGGUCCUCGCACCACCGCCUCCGCUCCUCCGCGGGCUUCGGCGGGAUCGGGGACGGCAGGAGGCAGCAGCAGCAGGCGUCGGCUGCCGAAGGGACGGUCGGCUUGCCUGGGAUCGAUCUUGGUCGCCAGAGGAGCUUCUCCACCGUCUUUCAGGAGGACUCGUAUCAGCGUGAUAUGGAUAGGCAGACUGCCAGCCACACUAGUAAUGACUUACUAGGUUCUUCUGGAAUACAGUAUGGUCUAAAUCGUGGACCUGGAACUAUUGGAGGCCUGCACUCUAGCAAUAGUUUAAGGAGCUUGGAUGAAAUUCAGAACAAUGAUCUGCCAUCAAAUACAUUUGCUUCUAUUUUAGGGUCAUCUCUUUCUAGGAGUGCAUCUCCUGAUCCUGAGCUUGUGAGGAGGGCCCCUAGUCCAUCCCUGCCUCCAAUUGGUGUGAAAGUUGGUAACACUGACAAGAAGAUCAAUGGUGGUUCCUCUUCUUUCCGUCGUAGUUCAUCUGCAAUCGGUGAAUCUGAUGAUCUGGUGGCUGCUUUAUCUGGGAUGAACUUAUCAUCUAGGGCAAUGAGUGGGCAAACUAUGGACCAGUCUCAGCUCUAUCAGGAUGUCGAUAAUGUCCAGAAGUUCCUUUUUGAUCGACAGGGUGACCAGACAAAUGGCAAUCAGCAGCACUACAUGAGACGUCAUGAGCACGGGCAAUCUAAGUUACCUGAUGGAUAUUCUGCCAAUUUGGCCAAUUCAUCUACGAUGAGGAACCAGAUUAAUGCUGGCAGUUUCACAUCUUUUGACAGUUUGUCUCUUGGAUCUGGUUUUGCCUCCCCUAGGAUUGGUUCUAGAUCCCCUGGAGGGACUGUAUCUUCUCGACAAAAUUUAGCUGGUAUGUCUAACAUGCUAAACUAUAAUGGAAUUGGAAGUCCAACUGCAUCACCUUCUCUUCAGACCUCUAUUGAUCCAGCGUAUAUCCAGUACCUUGCUCAACUUGCAGCUACCUGUGAUGAUCCUCUAAUGGACAGGGGCCAUCUGGGAAAUUCAUACAUGGACUUACUUGGUACUCAGAAAGCUAACCUUGGCCCUUUACUCCAGUCACAAAAGCAAUAUGGUUACUAUGGCAAUCUUGGAUUUAACCUUGGAUAUGCUGGAAGUCCAUUGACAAGUCCUGUUCUUCCCUCUUCACCUAUUGCGCCAGGCAGUCCACUUAGGCAUGGUGAGCGCAACAUGCGCUUUCCAUCAGGCAUGAGAAACUUUGGUAAUUCCUUUGGUUCAUGGAAUUCAGGCAUGGGUGGAAAGAUGGAUGCCAAUUUGAUGCCCUCGCUUCUGGAGGAGUUCAAGAGCAACAAAAGUAAAUCAUAUGAGCUCUCGGAAAUAGCUGGCCAUGUUGUUGAGUUUAGUGCUGAUCAAUAUGGGAGUCGGUUCAUACAACAGAAGCUAGAGACAGCCAGUACUGAAGAAAAGGACAUGGUUUUUUCAGAAAUCAUGCCUCAAGCUCUCACAUUGAUGACUGAUGUAUUUGGAAAUUAUGUUGUUCAAAAGUUUUUUGAGCAUGGAAGCACUGCCCAGAUAAAGGAAUUGGCUGGUCAGCUUAUUGGACGUGUCCUUGCUCUUAGUCUUCAGAUGUAUGGGUGCCGGGUUAUACAGAAGGCUAUAGAAGUUGUUGAUUUGGAUCUUCAGACUAAAAUGGUUGCGGAGCUGGAGGGCCAUGUCAUGCGCUGUGUACGUGAUCAAAAUGGGAACCAUGUUAUACAGAAAUGCAUAGAGUGCAUUCCUCAGCAUGCUAUCGAGUUUAUUGUCUCGACAUUCUAUGGUCAAGUUGUAAUGCUAUCCACUCAUCCAUAUGGUUGUCGAGUUAUUCAGAGGGUUCUAGAGCAUUGUGAUGAUCCUAAGACACAGCAAAUAAUGAUGGAUGAGAUUCUCCAGUCUGUUUGCUUGCUAGCUCAGGACCAGUAUGGCAACUAUGUUGUUCAGCAUGUUCUGGAACAUGGCAAACCCCAUGAGAGAUCGGCUAUUAUUGAGAAGCUAAUUGGCCAAAUUGUGCAAAUGAGCCAGCAAAAGUUUGCCUCAAAUGUCAUCGAGAAGUGCUUAGCCUUUGGAAAUCCUGUAGAGCGUCAGGUUCUGAUUGGUGAGAUGCUUGGAUCCACCAGUGAAAGCGAACCUCUUGAGGUAAUGAUGAAAGACCAGUUUGCAAACUAUGUGGUACAGAAGGUGUUAGAAACUUGUGACGAUCAGCAGAGAGAGAUGAUCCUAACAAGGAUAAAGACACACCUGAACACCCUCAAGAAGUACACUUACGGGAAACACAUAGUAGCCCGUAGAGAAGCUUGUUGCUGCUGGAGAGAAGCGCCUUGGGCUUCAACCAGCAUGCACCGCUGCCUGAAGGGCAAACUCUCUAGUUGUACAGCUAACAGUUGCUAG